AAAUCCUGUUUACGUUUUACUUUUCUUUGUUUACUCAAGCCACGAAAACAAAUUUUGGAAAUUAUUUAAAAUCCUGACAAAAAUGUAAUUAGGAUUUUUAUGAUGAUGUAUAAUAUAUUUUCAACCCAUUUCGAUACUUGAAUUGUGCAUAAUUAUUAACAGUGAAACCUCAAAUAGCAACCAAAAGUUUUGAAUUCGAAAGGCUAAAAUGGGCUCUGAUGGUAGUUUAUUGUCAAAAUAUACUACAAUAUUUCUAGUAGUUAGUGGAUAUUGGAUAGUUUCCAUAUCCACAGUCUUUGUGAAUAAAACUCUCUUAAGCCAUAUUGAACUAGAUGCACCAAUGUUUAUAAAUUUAAGCCAGACAUUAGUGACUGCCUUGAUAUGUUUUGGCAAGAAAACAUUGAGCAGAAUGUAUCCGCAAAGGUUUCAAUUUCCCGAACCGAAUAUCUGGGAUCCACAGACAAUUAGACAGAUAUUACCAGUCUCCAUAAUGUUUACAACCAUGAUAGCUACCAAUAAUUUGUGCCUAAAGUACGUUUCGGUAGCUUUCUACUAUAUAGGAAGGUCAUUGACGACCAUUUUCAAUGUGUUACUAACCUACUUUAUUUUGGGAGAAAGGACGUCUAAAAGAUGUAUGGUUUGUUGUGCCAUUAUUGUUAGUGGUUUUUGGCUGGGAGUAGAUCAGGAGCAUUUUGCAGGCAGUUUGUCCAUACCCGGUACUAUUUUUGGCAUAGUUGGUUCCUUUUCACUGUCAUAUUUCUCUAUAUUGACUAAGAAAACUUUACCCAAAGUGAAUGGAGAAAUUUGGCUACUUCAAUAUGCAAAUAACGUAUACGCUUCUAUUCUCUUCUUACCACUUAUUUUAAUUAAUGGAGAACUAUAUACAGUUUUGACUUAUCCCCGCCUAGACACUCUGUUUUUCUGGGCAAUCCUACUUGGCGGAGGCCUGUGUGGGUUUAUGAUUGGAUUUUUCACUUCUUUGCAAAUUAAGUAUACAUCUGCAUUAACGCACAAUAUAUCGGGCACUGCCAAAGCAUGCGCUCAAACAGUAUUAGCGACCUAUUGGUAUCAAGAGACCAAGUCAUUUACAUGGUGGUUGUCAAACAUGGUUAUACUAGCAGGCAGCGCCGCUUAUGCAAGAAUAAAGCAAAUUGAUAUGGAGAAGAAACACCUAGAGUCCCCGUCCUAUACCAAAGUUUAAUUAUUGUUAUUGUUUUGUAAAUAUAUUUUUGUUUAUGUUUUUGAA